UUUGAUGCUCUGAAUUUUACUCAAGGACGCAGCUUAUAAAAAAAUCCAAAAAGCUUUUAUGUUUUGUGACUAAAUUGCAACUUGUAAAAGCGUUUGGCCUCCCAACAAGACAAGGAAAACAAUGCAAAACAUGUUGAGGAUGUCUGGGUUGUGGUGAGCAGAGUGCAUCGUUACACUUAAGCGGCUGUUAAUCUUCUUAGAGUCACUAAGUACCCAGCUAGAAAUCAGCUAGUGUCCAGAUUGUCUCUUCCUGGCCCAGAUAAACGACUCAGACGACAACAAAGAGAGGCUCAGAGAAAUAUGUGGCAUUGUCUCUUUGCUGGCAUGAAAUAUGCACCUACCCUCCUUAGGAAACUGUGUUGACACAGCAGUGGAAGAAGUUCUCGUGGAGUUCUUUAACUUGAAGAUGUUUGGAAGUGGCACCAAGAAGUGGUUUGUGAAGAGGCAAAAGCGGCAGCAGCACAGGUCUGGCAGGAGGCCAUGCACCAGAAAGAAGAAGAGGUGGACGAGUAAGGUCCUCAAAGAGCACCGGCAGAAGAUCCUGAGCGAGCUGGACGUCAAUGCUGUGCUUCCUUACUUGGUGUACGAAAGGGUUUUCUCAUUGGUGGAGUACAAGGAGAUACUGGGACAGGAGUCCAGCAGGAGGCGAACAGAGGUGUUCCUGGAUCACCUGUCCUCGAAGGGCCCUGCCGCUUUCUUCUCCUUUUGCUCAGUGUUGGAGGAGGUGUGCCCUCACCUGCUGACCUGCUUUCUAUUGGAUGGAGAAGAUGGAGUCCCACGACCAGGCAGGAAAGUGGGACUCCCUGUGCCCCCCAACACCCCGGCAGAGGAAUUACUGUGUUCCCCUCCGAUGUACACAGAUCCUGUGUUUGACUCCAGGCAUUCUUCCCAUCACUCCUCUUCCUCAAUGAUUCACCCGAGUCCGACCGCCGGCUCCAUCACUGCAGGCUCCUCCGCGAGCACCGUUCAGGGCAAGCCAUCACUCCGGCGAAUCAAGGGUCGCAUCCACAGGAGCAAGAGCCUGGACAGCAUUGAUCUCCUGGAUUCUAAUUGCUUCAAAUGUUUUCAGAGGGCGAAAAGUCUGGACUGCCAGCAGAGUGCAGCGAUGGAGGAGACGGUCAUUUGGGAACAGCACACAGUAACACUACACAGGGCACCAGGGUUUGGCUUUGGGAUAGCCAUAUCGGGAGGUCGGGAUAACCCUCAUUUUCAGAGUGGCGAGACCUCCAUUGUCAUAUCGGAUGUGCUGAAAGGAGGCCCAGCAGAAGGCCUACUGCAGGAAAAUGACAGAGUGGUCAUGGUGAACUCUGUUUCUAUGGACAACGUGGAGCAUGCAUACGCCGUCCAGCAGCUUCGCAAAAGUGGGAAAAUUGCCAAAAUUACAAUCAGACGGAAGAGAAAAGUUCACGUCCCCAUGGGCCGCUUGGGGGAGAGGGAAACCAUGUCGGAGCACGACGAGGAGGAGGACAGCUACGACGAGGAGAUCUAUGAGACGCGAAGCGGACGCAGUGGUGCUUACAGCGGUGUGGGAGGGGCUAUGGGCAGGCGCAGUGGUCGGAGCGGUGGACGGAGAGACAGGGAGCGUGAGCGGAGCGGCUCGCGAGAAAGAAGUCUCUCUCCACGCACAGACCGCCGCUCGCACAAUCUCCCCCCACGGCCUGCCAAGGUCACGCUCGUUAAAUCCCGCAAAAAUGAAGCAGAAUAUGGCUUGCGUCUGGCCAGCCAUAUCUUUGUCAAGGACAUCUCUCCUGAGAGCCUGGCAGCCAGAGACGGCAACAUCCAGGAAGGAGAUGUUGUGCUGAAGAUUAACGGCACGGUUACAGAGAAUCUUUCCCUGAUCGACGCCAAAAAGCUGAUUGAAAGGUCAAAGGGCAAACUAAAAAUGGUUGUUCAGAGAGAUGACAGGGCGACCCUGCUGAAUAUCCCUGACCUUGACGACAGCAUUCCUUCAGCCAAUGCCUCUGACAGAGAUGACAUUUCAGAUAUCCAUUCGCUGGCAUCGGACCAUUCCAAUCGAUCACAUGACAGGCAUCGUAGGAGCCGCUCGCGUUCUCCGGACAGGCGAUCGGAACCCUCAGACCACUCCAGACAUUCACCCCCACAAAUCAGCAACGGCAGUCAUAGGAGUCGGGAUGACGAACGGAUCUCAAAGUCUGCUUCAACACCAGCGAAGAUCGCAGAGGAGAUUCCUCUCCCCAGACCAAAGGAGUCUGCUAAUGCAAAAGAGGACAAGAAGCUCCCUCCCCUUCCAGAGCCCAAACCAGUGUAUGCUCAGCCCGGACAACCAGAUGUAGACCUACCAGUUAGUCCCUCUGAUGCUCCCGUUCCAAGUGCUGCUCAUGACGACAGCAUCCUACGGCCGAGCAUGAAACUAGUAAAGUUCAAAAAGGGGGAGAGCGUGGGUCUGCGACUGGCAGGGGGCAAUGAUGUGGGCAUCUUUGUAGCAGGAGUUCUGGAGGAUAGCCCAGCUGCUAAAGAAGGCUUGGAAGAGGGCGACCAAAUUCUCAGGGUAAAUAAUGUUGAUUUUGCAAACAUAAUUCGAGAGGAGGCGGUGCUAUUCCUGCUUGACCUUCCUAAGGGCGAGGAGGUCACCAUUCUGGCCCAAAAGAAGAAAGACGUAUAUCGACGGAUCGUGGAGUCCGAUGUCGGUGACUCCUUCUACAUCCGGACACACUUUGAAUACGAAAAGGAAUCUCCAUAUGGGUUAAGUUUUAACAAGGGCGAGGUGUUUCGAGUAGUGGACACCCUCUAUAAUGGCAAACUAGGCUCCUGGCUGGCUAUUCGCAUCGGCAAGAACCACCAGGAGGUGGAGAGGGGCAUCAUCCCUAACAAAAACAGAGCGGAGCAGCUCUCCAGUGUACAGUACACUCUUCCCAAAACAGCAGGUGGCGAUAGGGCGGACUUCUGGAGAUUCCGUGGUCUUCGCAGCUCUAAGAGGAACCUGAGGAAGAGCAGAGAGGAUCUGUCAUCCCAACCGGUCCAAACAAAGUUCCCAGCAUAUGAGAGAGUUGUCCUGAGAGAGGCGGGUUUCUUGAGACCAGUUGUGAUAUUUGGACCCAUUGCGGAUGUUGCUCGAGAGAAACUUUCCAGAGAAGAGCCAGAUCUGUUUGAACUUGCAAAGAGUGAACCGAGAGACGCAGGAACAGACCAGCGUAGUUCAGGAAUAAUUCGUCUUCACACCAUCAAACAGAUCAUCGACAGAGACAAACAUGCUGUGCUGGACAUCACUCCAAACGCUGUGGACAGGCUGAACUAUGCGCAGUGGUACCCGAUCGUAGUCUUCCUAAAUCCCGAUAACAAGCAGGGCGUGAAGAACAUGAGGACGAGACUUUGUCCAGAGUCCAGGAAGAGCGCCAGAAAGCUUUAUGAGCGAGCCAUUAAACUGAGAAAGAAUAAUCACCACCUGUUUACAACAACCAUCAAUCUGAACAAUAUGAAUGAUGGGUGGUAUGGAGCUCUAAAGGAAACCAUUCAGCAGCAACAGAAUCAGCUGGUUUGGGUAUCGGAGGGCAAGGCGGAUGGCACAACAGAGGAUGACCUGGACAUCCACGAUGACCGUCUGUCUUACUUGUCGGCACCAGGUAGUGAAUACUCUAUGUACAGCACUGACAGCCGGCACACUUCUGACUACGAAGACACGGACACCGAGGGCGGAGCCUACACGGACCAGGAGUUGGAUGAGACGCUGAACGACGAGGUGGGUCUCCCCACGGAGCCCGCCAUCACCCGUUCCUCAGAGCCCGUACGAGAAGACCCUCCCGUCAUUCAAGACACCCCCGGUUACUCCACUUACCAGCAUCCUGUGCAACCUGACCCAGGCAGUCGUAUUGAUCCUGCUGGGUUUAAGAUGGCCGCUCCACAACAGCAAGGUGAGGCUGCUUUCCCUUUGCCCUCAUUGCCUCUGCCGGCGGUAGCUACCCCUGCUAAUGAGCAGCCUGCACAGCUAGAGGCUGUGCACCUAGAGGAGCCGCCUGCUGUAGCCCCAGUUCCUCAGGCUGACUCACUUAACAGCCCCAGCCCUGCCCCCGAGCAUAUUCAGCCCCCACCACCACCACCACCACCUCCACCACAUGAACCCACCCCGUCUGGACUGCCUGGUCCAGAACCAAAGAUGUACAAAAAAGAUCUGUACAACAUGGAUGACCCCGGGCGAGUCGGUCACCACCUGAAGCAGUCUAUGAGCUACUGUCACCAGCCGCCGUUCCAGGACAAACAGCCAUACCGUGAAUACGACCAUCCGCCUUAUGGUUAUGAUGGAGGCGGCUACACAGAACCAAAGCCUCACAACACUGACUCUCACCUGCACUACGACAACCGCGUGCCUCAUUACAACGAACAGUGGCCCCCCUACGACCAGCAGACCUCAUCCUCCCAGUCAGUAGGGUACCAGCCGGGGCACCAGCAACCUAUGGGCUAUAGCCCCCGGUCUCCCUAUGAAGAUGGACCAGGAAGAGAUUACAGUCCACCGCAGCCACACUUUGAUGAGGUUUCACCAGCUGGUUAUGACGGCAGACCACGUCACGGUAAACCUGGACACAUUCGUUACGAUGAACCGCCUCCCCCACCCCCUACAGGCUACGAUGCCCGCUCUCCUCACGAGGCUGAAUUGCACAACUUCCCCAUCAAUUCACCUUGCUCGCCGGACCCCCCCAAGCAGUAUUAUGGUGACUCUGGUCUGAGACCCGCCUACAUGCCCGGACCUCCAAAUCGAGGUUAUAAAACAGGGCUGCUUGAGCCUUUGAGGAACUCAGAGCCCCCUGUUUCCCCUUCUAAACCUGAAGCCCUGCCCUCACCCGCUGAACCGGGAACCACUCCAACCUCCAAACCUCUCCCUCCUCCCCCACGGGAAGACCCAGAUGAGGACCCAGCAAUGAAGCCACAGUCGGUGCUAAACAGAGUCAAGAUGUUUGAGAAUAAACGCUCUGUUUCUAUGGACCGCGCUAAAGAAGUGGUAGAGACAUCCGUGCUGAGGCCUGCUGAUGUUCCUAAACCUGUGAGUGCUCCCGGUCCAGUCCUCAAAGCCAACUCCCUCAGUAACCUUGAACAGGAGAAGUCCACAUACAGGGCUCCUGAGCCACAAAAGCCUCAAACUAAACCCCUAGAUGAUGUCGUGCGAUCCAACCACUAUGACCCCGAUGAAGAUGAGGAGUACUACAGAAAGCAGCUGUCCUACUUUGACCGCCGCAGCUUCGACAGUAAAGCUAUGGGCCAACCUGCUCCAGGCAUCAGUCGCUUCCACGAUAUACCCAAACCAGCUCAGCUGUCGUACCCCUACCACAGAGUGGAGUCUCUGGAGAAAGUCAGUCCAGUGGAGAAAAGAUACGAACCUUUACCCCAAAUCAGUCCUUCGGCACAGUAUGGGCCUCCUCUACCUGCCAUCCCACCCAACCCUCUGCCCAAACUCAGUCCAAGCGAUGCUAACUCCAUACCUGAACCACUGAGCUCUCCCAAUCCUAAACCGGAUCUGCCAGCUCUCAGACCCACAAGUAGGGAUGACCCCAUCCCAAGCAGUUACCUCCCCCCAAGAGGCUUCCCCGACAAACCCCCUGUCAAUGGCACCGAUGCGGCACCCUCAAAGACUCUGAGUGCUCCUGCCCCAACGAGCUACAACCGCUAUGUCCCCAAGCCUUACACCAGCGCAGCGCGGCCCUUUGAGCGCAAGUUUGAGAGCCCGAAAUUCAACCACAACCUGCUGCCUAACGACACACAGCCCAAGACGGACCACCUCAGCAAACCCGGCGUGCUGAGCAACAGCAGUGGGAAACUGCAGCUGUCUCCACAGCCCCUGGAUCACGACAGCGGUCUGGACACUUUCACACGCACUUUGGAUAACAGGCCCAAAUACCAGCACAAUAACAUCAACGCCAUUCCCAAGGCCAUUCCUGUGAGUCCCAGUGCACUGGAGGAUGACGACGAGGACGAAGGGCACACGGUGGUGGCCACUGCUCGGGGUAUCUUCAAUUGUAACGGAGGGGUUCUGAGCUCCAUUGAGACGGGUGUCAGCAUCAUCAUUCCCCAGGGUGCCAUCCCGGAGAGCGUGGAGCAGGAGAUUUACUUUAAGGUGUGCAGGGACAACAGCAUCCUGCCCCCCCUGGACAAGGAGAAAGGAGAAACGCUGCUAAGUCCACUUGUGAUGUGUGGCCCUCACGGACUCAAGUUCCUGAAGCCGGUGGAGCUGCGCUUACCUCACUGUGCGUCUAUGACCCCUGAUGGUUGGUCUUUUGCUCUAAAAUCCUCCGACUCCUCGUCGGGUGAUCCUAAAACCUGGCAGAACAAAUCUCUCCCUGGUGACCCAAACUACCUGGUGGGUGCAAACUGCGUGUCUGUGCUCAUUGACCACUUCUGAGGAGGGCAACAGCUGGCCUGUUACUGAAUGUGAUGAGCAGUGGGACCCCCCCCCACCCCGUCCGCCCGUCUGUCUGCUGGUGGGGGCGCACAACGCUCAAUGAAGUCUGAACUCGAUUGUUUACUGUGCCCAACAUUUCAAAACCACAUUCUCGUACAGUUGGAGGAGUGUUACACCCAUGAGGCUCUAACUUAGUUUCUUUACUAAUAUUUGGGGGAGGGAGGGGUUUGGUGCUUUUGAGGCUUGCAAAAAAAAAGAAGAAAAAAACAAGUUAUCUUAACAAAGGAACUGAAGUUGGAAUGCAUGACCAGUGCCACAGACUGGAUAAUCCAAUUUUGUCAUUUUUACCUAAUUUUCUAAAAGGUUAGAAACGUGCGAGCAUAUAAAAAAAAAAGUUUUCAUAUUGCAGUGGGAUUUUUGUGUAUUCUAGUGGAUUCAAAAAAAAAAAAGGUAACGUUUGCUAACACUGAACCUUUGAGUUCGGUGGUCAUGUGUUACCAUUCAUGAAGGACUGGCUGAGCCUGACUCAUUGAAGAAAGCCCUUUGCAUCAUUUAACCCAAGAAGAAGAAGGAUAAAAAGAAGUAUUAAGAGUCAGGUGCCCAUUCGACUGAGCACGCUCUGAUUAAACCGCUGUUUUUGUAGAAAAAAAAAAACCUAUCGUAGAUAAAUAUACUGACUUGAUUUUACAAACUCCUG